AUGGGCGAGUACUCGAAAGCACUUUCAUCGUACGAAAGAUCACUUGAAAUCCUCAAAAUAGCUCUCCCUUUGAAUCAUUUCGACUUGGCUACUUCCUACAACAACAUCGGUAUGGUGUAUUCUCACAUGGGCGAGUACUCGAAAGCACUUUCAUCGCUAGAAAGAUCACUUGAAACCUCUAAAAUAGCUCUCCCUCCAAAUCAUCCCGACUUGGCUACUUCCUACAACAACAUCGGUAUGGUGUAUUAUAACAUGGGCGAGUACUCGAAAGCACUUUCAUCGCUAGAAAGAUCACUUGAAAUCCAAAAAAUAGCUCUUCCUCCAAAUCAUCCUGACCUUGCUCAAUCCUACAACAACAUCGCUUCAGUGUAUGAUAACAUGGGCGAGUACUCGAACGCACUUUCAUCGUACGAAAGAUCACUUGAAAUCCGAAAAAUAGCUCUUCCUCCGAAUCAUCCCGAUUUGGCUACUUCCUACAACAACAUCGGAGGGGUGUAUGAUAACAUGGGCGAGCACUCGAAAGCACUUUCAUCGUACGAAAGAUCUCUUGAAAUCCGAAAAAUAGCUCUCCCACCAAAUCAUCCCGAUUUGGCUACUUCCUACAACAACAUCGGUAUGGUGUAUUAUCACAUGGGCGAGUACUCGAAAGCACUUUCAUCGCUAGAAAGAUCACUUGAAAUCCUCAAAUUAGUUCUCCCUCCAAAUCAUCCUGACUGUGCUCAAUCCCACAACAACAUCGGUAUGGUGUAUUCUCACAUGGGCGAGUACUCGAAAGCACUUUCAUCGUACGAAAGAUCAUUUGAAAUCCGAAAAAUAGCUCUCCCUCCGAAUCAUCCUGACUGUGCUCAAUCCUACAACAACAUGGCUAUAGUGUAUUCUCACAUGGGCGAGUACUCGAAAGCACUUUCAUCGUACGAAAGAUCACUUGAAAUCCUCAAAAUAGCUCUCCCUCCGAAUCAUCCCUCCUUGGCUGCUUCCUACAACAACAUCGCUUCAGUGUAUGAUGACAUGGGCGAGUACUCGAAAGCACUUUCAUCGUACGAAAGAUCACUUGAAACCUCUAAAAUAGCUCUCCCUCCAAAUCAUCCCGACUUGGCUACUUCCUACAACAACAUCGGAGGGGUGUAUGAUAACAUGGGCGAGUACUCGAAAGCACUUUCGUCGCUAGAAAGAUCACUUGAAAUCCGAAAAAUAGCUCUCCCUCCGAAUCAUCCCGAUUUGGCUACUUCCUACAACAACAUCGGUAUGGUGUAUUAUCACAUGGGCGAGUACUCGAAAGCACUUUCAUCGCUAGAAAGAUCACUUGAAAUCCGAAAAAUAGUUCUUCCUCCGAAUCAUCCCGAUUUGGCUACUUCCUACUACAACAUCGCUAUGGUGUAUGAUAACAUGGGCGAGUACUCAAAAGCACUUUCAUCGUACGAAAGAUCACUUGGAAUCAUCAAAAUAGUUCUCCCUCCGAAUCAUCCCUCCUUGGCUACUUCCUACAACAACAUCGCUAUGGUGUAUUCUCACAUGGGCGAGUACUCGAAAGCACUUUCAUCGUACGAAAGAUCACUUGAAAUCCGAAAAAUAGCUCUCCCUCCGAAUCAUCCCGAUUUGGCUACUUCCUACAACAACAUCGGUAUGGUGUAUUAUCACAUGGGCGAGUACUCGAAAGCACUUUCGUUUUACGAGAGAUCACUUGAGAUUUUGAGAAAGUCGGUGUCUUCUACAGAUCCUCAUUUGGCAGUUGUGAAAAGAAACAUUGAAAAUUUAAGAAACAGAUUUUAG